CUGAUGACGAUCAACGUGAGAGUCGAGCGUACUUUUAUUCGAGUAUGAAAUGGAUUUGUCAAAAUUGGGUGAAACCAUUCUACACUGUGAUGUCAACAUCAAUAAGCGUGUUAACGUAGGAUGGAACAGCAAUGUACAAGUUUAUCUAUGCGCGUUGUUGAACUCUGGUGGUGGUAUUCUUCAUUUGCAAAAUACAUCCCACGAGAAUGAUGACGUCAACUUUAAGUCGCUCGACACGUGGUGGAGCGGGGUUGAACAACAGUUGAGAUGGGUCUUAUCUGAGGAUGACAUCUGUAAUUUUAUUGAUCUGGUUGGAAGCUUCAAUGAUCCAGACUUGUACGUCUUCGUGAAAGGUGCCGAUCACAUCUGUACGGUUCACUAUCAUGCUAGAGUUCCUACAGACACCGCAACGCUGUUUCUCAGCUACCACACUGUCAUGAAACUGAUGAUGCAGCAGGAUGGUCAAGUUGGUUGUCUGUCAAAGUUACGACCGUUUCCCAACGAAUUUCAAUACGGUAAACAGAUUGCUGGCAUCCCUCAAGAGACCAUGCAGAUUCAAUUUAAGUUCCUGAGUAGUGAUAAAGAUGUACGGACAGAACCGAUCGCCGAUCGCAUCAGUUGGUUCAUUCGGCGAUACGUCUCGGCCUUCGCUAAUCAUGCUGGGGGUCAUAUUAUCUUUGGUGUGGAAGACAAAACAUGUCAGGUUUACGGAGAAGAGAUACCAGACGAGGCAACCAAAUAUGACAUCAUCGACAAAGUAGAGGAGAGAAUGAAAAAAACGAUUUGGGUGCACCUGAAACAACGCGUCCAGAGAGGUAUACAUUGGGAUAUUGGAUUCUAUCCGGUACUCAAUACUCCGGAAGGAAUCACUGGUUCACGGGUUGUUGUGGUGGUGUCCGUGGUCAAGUACCCAGGCCUUGUUUACACACAAUGUCCAGAGAGCUAUCAUAUUGUUAAUGGGAAAGUAGAACAGUUGUCAUUCACAGACUGGAGGUCUAAUCUAAUGAUGCAAAUCACAGAUAUAGAUGAACUGAAAUAUAAAUAUCAUCGUCUGGAAAUUCAGAGUCCUAGAUCCGUUCCGGUCUACAUGCUGCAUGACACCAUCACUGUAAUUCAAGAGAAACACUUUAAACUUAAAGAAGAUACCAUAUCCUGUUUUCCGACUGGAUUUCUACAAAGACUGUCUUCAAAGCCAGCCAGGGAAUGGCUGCAGAAAUUUAUCUCUCAGUGUACUAUGUCGGGCAUCAUGAUACUGUUGUCAUGGACUUUAUUUGAUGCCUCCAUGGUUACCAAACCAAAGGAUGCAGUUUGUGAUGUUCUUCUCCUGACAAAAACAGGAAUCAUACUUAUCACUUUGGUUGAGGGCGCUGUAACCAGUAAAACGGAACAUUAUAGCGUUCAACUUGGAGCCAAAUUAAAACAAAGAAUAGUGUUAGAUGGAGGCUGUCGUGAAAAGUUUAAUAUCAUUUGUCUUGCUUUUAGUUGUCUUGAGAAGGUUCCAGGUAAUUACAUCCUUGAAAACCACUGUCUGGAGCAGUAUCACAUCACUGAAGACAAAAUCCAGGCACUUCUUCACAGCAUAGUUGUUGUCAUGGCAACAUUCACACCAAUGAUCAAUGAAUCAUGGCAUAAAGAAAAGUCUUUUCUUCUAACAUUCAGUCCGCAACAGUUUGAGUUGCUAUGGCUAUACCGCCAGCACAAGGAACUAUGGGUAUAUGGUCCUCCAGGUUCAGGAAAGACUCUCUCAGCCAUUUGUUUUAUCAAAGGGCUGCUAAAAACUGGUUGCCAUGGUGAUGAAGUACUGUACUUAUGUGAAAAUCAACCUCUGUGUGACAAUAUUAGAAAACUCAAUAUAUGUCAAGCAGUUUGCAGAAGGAAGUUUCUUGCAGACUACAAUUCUAGCAGUGAGAAAGGCAGUUGCUAUGAGAACAUAAAACACAUUGUUAUUGAUGAAGCUCAGAAUUUCAAAGAUUGGGAUGGUGAUUGGUACAGGUUAGCAAAUCACAUCGUCAGGAGAGGUGAGGAUGGUGCCGGUCACCAUGGUUACCUUUGGGUUUUUGUUGACACAAAUCUGCAGGUGCACAAGUUCAACACAGGUAUGCCAGAUUUGACCCACAAGAUAACAUUUGGGCUUACACAAAUAAUCAGAUGCUCGGGUGAGCUGUUUGGUUUUGCGUCCAAAUUUCUUCAAAGUCAUUAUGAUGAAGUUGAUUCGUUGGACACUAGUUUAGCUCAUGAUUACCCUGGUGAAAAAGUGAAAUUCUUGUCAUCGCACAAUGCAGAUAUUGACACUCUACUACCAAAUCUUGUCCGUGAAUAUACCCAGCGUGGUUACCAUGCCAGCGAUGUGGCAAUUCUCUUCAGCAAGAAACAAGAAGCAGAGGAGCGAAGUGACUUACCCGUAGGAGAAGCCACUACUGUAGACAGCGUCAAACACUUCAGUGGUUUAAGCAAACCAGUCGUUAUAGCUGUGCACCCAAAGAUCAAUCCACAGACAGGAGAUUAUAACAAAUUCAUGCUUAAUCUCAUUUCUAGAGCAUCAUCACAAUUAAUUAUUAUCUCUGCAUCAGACAAUGAUAAAUCUCAACUGAUGGACAAAUAUAACGACUGA